AUGGAGAGAGCCUCUUCUUCCUCCUCCGACUCAUCGUCGUCAUCCAUGGCUCCUUCUUCUUCUUCCGAUCAGUCUCUUUCCACCAAUUCCGAUCAAACCUCACCUCUCAUGACGUCAUCCAUGCUAUCCCGCACCACGUCAUCAUCUUCUUCCAACGCCGUCGAUGACUACAUCGGCACAGAGAGCUGCUUCGACAUUCUCGAAGAAAACGAUGUCGUUUCCGCUUCUGAGCCUCUGGUAAACCGGUAUCGCUACGGAGGAAGGAGGAGAGAGGAGAGAGAAGCCAGAGCUGCGGCGGCGCGUGAGUUUCCUCCGCCGAUACCGUUGCUAGCUCAGACGGAGAAUCUCCUGCCUCACAUGCCGUGGGUUCUCAAGCGUGUGGUGACGAGCGACGGGAGGCUUAUACUCAGAGAAGAGAAGGUUCGUCAUCACGAGUAUUUCCGUGCGCAUAGAUCCAACGGUCGUCUCACUCUCCACCUUGUUCCUCUAGACGACGAUGUUUUCGAGCUUCCCCUAGAGCCGACUCAUUACCAAUCUGAUGAUGAUGAUGAGGAUGAUGGUGGUGAUUAUGAUCAGGAUGAUGAUGACCAUGAAUGUGAUGAUGAUGAUGAAGAAGUUCAUCAUGAGGUGGGAGAUGAUUUGGAUGAUCUUGCGGAUAAUGUUAGUAAAGGUGUUAUAAUUGCUGCCCCUAAAGAUGAUGAUGAUGAUGGUGAUAAGGGCAAUGUGCAUGGUGGUAGUGAAGAUGGAUAUAGGAAGGCUAUAUUAGCGGCGGAGACGGCGGUGGAGAGCGGAGGGAUGGUCGGGGGAGGAGGAUCGCCGAGGGGAAAGUGUUUGAAGUCUUGUUUUGUUGGUAUACGAGUUCAAGAGAUCAGACCAGUUCUUAGUUGA